AUCGCCAGUCGACGCUCGCGAGCGCAACGCGGAGCAUUUCUCUUUCGCUCUUCCGAUUAGCGGUUCUCUCUCACGUGAGUGCUCUCUCUAACGGGAGUGCCCCGUUAGUUUGAGUGCUAAAAGUCCUCGGGCGACUAAUUGCGAGCGUCAGUACGCGUUUCGGCAGAAUUCGCGCCGGUGCUUUUCCCCAUACUUCUAUAUUUAUCUCGCAAUGAUAGAAACUCAGCGAGUGGCGUACAAACUAUCUGUGUUUUAUUUGCACAAUUCGUCGAAUUUGAUUUUGAACCCCCCGUCGCGUUUUGGGUUCUCUAUUUCUGAUACGUGAUAAUGGAUGUACGCAGAACUCGUACCCUGAUUAACUCUGAUUGCUAGUGUCACGACCUGUCAUCUGUCAUCGCGUGCUUUUUUCCGUAGCUGUUUAUUAACAUGGAACCUCGUCGCCGUAAUGAUUCCGGUUCUUCUCCGGAGAGAAACACGCGAGGAUCGAGCCUGAUGUCCGUAUGGUCAACCAGCUCCGGACGCAAUACAGUGUUUGCCGCAGAGAGCGGCGGAGCUGUGCUUUCCCCUACUUCGCACCUGCCGAUCCACGUCCACGUGGCGCACGCACACCUGCGCAACGCUGACGGCCACUGCUUUCACAAGCCGUAUCACGAGCAUCACCACCACUGUCAGUCGACGAUGUCGCAAGCGGGGGAUGGUCUUCACACACCGAGUUACCUGUCCUGGAGAAAACUGCAGCUGAGUCGUGCCAAACUCAAGGCGUCCAGUAAAACGUCGGCCCUGCUGUCUGGUUUCGCCAUGGUUGCCAUGGUGGAAGUACAGCUGACGGAAACCACGAAAGUUCCUACGGCGAUGCUGAUCGCCUUUGCCGUCUGCACGACUCUGCUGGUGGCCGUUCAUAUGCUGGCUCUAAUGAUAUCCACGUGCAUAUUACCGAACAUCGAGGCCGUCUGCAAUCUGCACAGCAUAAGUCUCGUGCACGAGUCGCCACACGAACGUCUACAUUGGUACAUCGAAAUCGCGUGGGCCUUCUCCACGUUGCUUGGCCUCCUGUUAUUUCUACUAGAGAUAGCGAUACUCUGCUGGGUGAAGUUUUACGACUUUUCGCAGGAGGCCGCCUGGUCGGCUUGCAUAGUGCUGAUACCGGUGUUGAUAAUCUUCCUCGCGUUCGCGAUACACUUUUAUCGGAGCUUAGUCGCGCAUAAGUACGAAGUCACAGUAUCUGGUAUACGAGAACUCGAGUUACUCAAAGAACAGAUCGAGUCCACGGAUGUGGAGAGCAGAAAUGGUGUCAAUCUGCGGACCGGAAUGACACAUGUCGUUUGAACUGGUCUCCUCGAUCUUGCCUAUUGUCUGGAUUGUCUUAGAUCGAGGAACGCGCAAAGAAGAUGCGAAAUAGGCGAAGCAAGAGAAAUGGAGAUCUGUUUGUUACAUCAUGCGGACGUUGCGAUGAGUACAAGUAAUGUUUCUCUCGAAGAUCUCCCGCUGGGAAACGAAUCUCUCGAGUUAUAUACACGAAGAACAUGACAAAUGAUUUUCGUGCACUUUGCGUGCAAAUAUUAUAAAUGUUGUGAAAGUUCGGUCAGAUAAAAUCUUCCUUUUUCUUUUCUUUUUGUGUUUUUCUUUUUAUACGCGUGUCCUCUGUGAUGUAAAUUAGAUGUAAGUACAAUGAAACUCCGCUCGCGUUGACGAGGAGAUGCGACAAAAGCAUAUCGCAAUGUCAGUAGCUGAUAAAGUUCGAUAAAAACGUCAUUGCAUAUGUAGACACAGAAUACAUUCCUUCAUUCGCGUUGCGACUUAAAUGUAGGAAGAAUAAUACGUUCUGAGGAUAAGGAGAUACUUGUGUGACCCGCGUUACACGCAGCUUAAAGAACUAGCUAGUGAUAGCCUUUUAUCGGAGGGUGACGCGACUGGUUAUGUAGUCAAAUGUACUUAUCUUUUUAUUGAAAAAACGUGCUUAUUUUCGAAAAAUGCGGCGAAGGUUUUACAUUUCUUAAUUAUCUUGAACAGGUUGUCCAGCACGUACGAAUAAUAUACACGUUUCGCGUUGCAUAAACUUUCCAUUAAGAUACUCAGAAAGUUAAAUAUCUCGCGCAGCGAUUUCACUUACAAUCAACAUUUCAUCGCGUAAGUACAUUACUUUGAAGUACAUACGAUUGCCUAAGAAAUGUAUCGGAACGUGGGGAAGGAGGGACUCGAAUGUAAAUAAUUUUGAGACUCGUUAUAUUUCAAUGAUGAUAAACAAAUGUAUAUAUGUUGUAUUAUUGUUUGUAUAUAUUUUUCCGGCGCACGAAUCAGGGUUGCGAUGGCCAAAAUAAAACGGAAGUAUAUAUGAAAUCGCACGUACGCAUUAUAUAUUUUCCCGCAAAUGCGGAAAGGACUGGUAACAAGUAUAUAUCACCUAAAUCGAUUAUAGAAGACGUAAACGAGAGAGAUGACGUAAUGCACUUAUAAAUGUGGCACUGCUUGGCCAUUUAUCCUUGGAAUAUGUAAUAACGUUGGAUAUAAACUUGAUUGUCGGUAGUAGUCGAUGUCCUCUAUCGUGCUGUUGACGCAAACGUCAUUCUCCCAACGACCCUUCUGGACUUGAUGGCUGUCAAAGUGAUGGAAGACUCCUCGACCUUCCUUCUUGCCAUUUAUAAAUUGACCCUCGUAAAGAUUACCGUUUUCUACGGGGAUAUUUUUAGGACAAAUAUUUAUGAAUUUUCAAAUAAGAAGUAUCUCGAGCGCGCUUAAACUAGAGAAACUAAUAUAAGAGAGCUUAAAGUUGAUAUGCUUCAGUGCGCGGCAAAUUGAGAAUAAGAUCAAGCAAUUGGGGAAAAAAUGUAUCACUCUUUAUCUCUAUGUAAUAUAUAAUUAAAAGAAGAAAAAAUUACAAAUA